CAGUURAAAAUGGAGGUGCGUGGUCCUCGGAGGAAUCCCAGCUACCUCUCAGAUCUYUAUCAGAACAUGUUAAGGGCUGAAGGAGCAGUGGGCCGAGGGCUGCAGCAGCCCCCAGCAAUCCCUACAAGUAGCAGCAAGACUUUCUGGAGCAGUGGGCCAUGCAAGGAGAGCCCGCAGCCAAAGCAUCCCGAGAGCAGCAGCUCCUCCAGCUGUGACCCAGCCCUGCGACCCAUCAUCCGCCGCCGGGCCAGGUCCCUGCCGACAUCACCCGAGAGGAGGAAGAGAGCAGCAGCGCAGUGUCAGGAGCCCGGCUGCCAGAGCCGCAUCAACCGGGUCAGGUUUGCCGAUGCCUUAGGCUUGGAGCUCACUGAAGUGAAAGUCUUCCAGACUGGGGAGGAUCCAUCCAUCCCUUUGCAUGUCCUUUCCAGGCUCUCCAUAAACUCAGACCUCUGGUACAGCAGCKUGAACUUGGAGUUUACUAUGCAAUGCUUGGUCCCUGACUUCCAGCAGCCUGGAGACUGUCCGGAUUUCUCAUCCCGACUCCAGGAGCAGCAGGUGUGUCUGGAACGGGUGACCAGCUCAGAUYUGGGGCUCAAUGGCACCAUCCAGGUUCGCAAUGUUGCUUUUGAGAAGCAGGUGUCCGUGCGCUACACCUUCAACCAGUGGGAAAGCCUCCAUGAGGUGUGUGCUCGCUGGCAGCAGAGCAUCCCAGAGAAAAACGGGCACAAUCAGGUUGAUGUGUUCACUUUCUUUCUUCCUGUGCCUCCUUUUCUCCUUCAGCUGAGCACUCUCGUCCAGUUUGCAGCAAGGUACCAAGUCAACGGCCAGGAGUACUGGGAUAACAACAGAGGCAAGAACUACACCCUCACCUGCCGGACUCACCCCCUGAAGGUGCCGAGGGAAUGUGAGGAGAGCUGGAUCCACUUCAUCUGAACAAUGGGAAUGCGUGCUGAGCAGUGUGUCAGUGGUCUCAGUGACACUGUGUUCCUUGGCGUGGCUCUCUGCUCCUAUGGCAACAGUCUUCUUUUUGCAACCUGCCAAACCUGGCCAAAUGUCCCAGGGCUGGGAAGUAGCCAGUGAUAAACUGUUCUAAACCUUGGGGCAAGUUAAAAGGGCCAAAAUCUGUAGAGAGAUACAAUCAUAGAAAGGCCAUGUGGGUUUUUUGAGUGUAUGAGGCAGAACGGUUCCAAGGAAUACUGUCAGGCCACCAGAGAGCAAAACAACACAUUUCUUGUUGCUAGUAAUACUCUUGGUUGCAUAGAAUGUUUCUAACUAAUCUCUUACCAUUUUCUACUGUUUGUUUUCUAAAUGGACAGCGUGGCUUUACUGGCUUUGUUUCUAAUUUUGUUUAUAUUACCUCACCAAGUCUGGGCACUAUUCCAUUUGUGCAUAGUUUGGAUGGCAGAUACUCUAGGGAGUACUUGUAUUUAUAUAGAUGUAUUACUAAAGCUGUAAACAGGUUGGAUAUUGCCAUUAAUAUUUGAGUUGGAAAUUAAAUGCUACCAUGAACAAACCCAUACAUGAAAAYGUGCCAUCAGCCUCUCUGUUUCCCUUGGGAAAAAAAUAAAAGGUGCCUUUUCUUAUCUCCUCCUUGCAGCAGGAGUGAUUGUUAGCAAAGUGUAUGUAAGGCACUUCUGCCUGGGGAAAUUCUCAUCUUUGUCAAGUGAUGCCCAGGUAGAUUUUUCUCAAGGUGGUGGUGCAGGAAUUGUCUUUUCCUGGUGCACUUGUUUUACUGAGGGAAACGAGAGCAAUCUUGGACUUGUGUUGCAAUUGCAGUUGAAGAUCUCAAAGCACUUGCUCAUGAUUUUACCACUGUUACUGGUAAAAUUAUAAAUCAAGAGAUGGAUAUGAUAUACAUACACAUAUAAGGGAAAAAAAUAGGACAGGGAGCAGGGUACAGAGGCUUGGAAUAGCMUUCCAGAAUACUGAAUCCUGGCUGUUCCCCAGCAUGCCAGUACUACUGCAGAAGUAGCUUUGACUUCUUUAUUUAACUGCUUGCCAUUAUAAYCCAGUUGAACUCCCAAGGCUGCAGCCUUUGCAACACAAGCAGGAACUUGAAAGCAGUUCAUUUGGURAACUGAUACUUACACAGACCCGUGAACAGAAUCCCUUCUGCUGCAGGGAARGCACAGGAACACUGUUAGAUCAUCUUCCCGUGCUUCUUGCUCUAUUAUUUUCAUUCUAUGGUUUUAGUGUGGUUUAAGAUUGGCAACAGGUUUAAGUCUAUUAAGUAAACGAUUGUCCAUGAUUUUUUCUGUACAUAUUCAUUACUGCAUGGAAAGUUUAUUUGUGUAGCAUAGACUUUCAGAACUGGCUGGUUGGAGAUUUUAGGACUAUGCUGUGAAAAUGAGGCCACUUUUUGGGUGUCUUAUUUUGGAUUGGUGCUUAUUUAUCAAAAUCACAAGUUGUUUGUAAAAUCACAGUUGUAAGCAACCCAUGGCCAAUUACAUUUUAGUCUGAAAAGUCUACUGAGUAAUUCUGGAAGUGCAGAAACACUAAGAAAAUUAAUUUGUCUGGCAACUUAAGCAACAACUGUUGCUCUUUUGUUGUGAUACCCAUUUAGCAAACCUGGGCUUUCAAGUGAGGAAUCUGACUCGUUCCAUUGGUCUUUGGCUUUCAGAGGAACCAGAGUCAGGAAUGAGGAUUCUGUGAGCUGCUGAGCACCUUUUGCAGAGCACUCAGAAAGCUCAAUCUUAUCUGAACAUGCACACACAUGCACAGAAGUGCUUGUGCUGAAUAAAAUGCACUAUUUUCAAGUAUUGUUCCCUCUUUCCUUUCCCUCCCUAAUGACUGUAUUUCUUCCAUUAGAAACACAGCACACCACAAACCCCCUCUCUCAGCAAAAACCAGCUCACAGUGGGUACUGCUGGAGCGCAGAGCAAUACUUGUUUUCCUGGCAGAAGAAUGUUUCUGUCUUCUGGGAGAGACUGUCAUGUGCUAGCAAAUGUCAGACCUGAGUGUUCUCUUUGCCAGGGCAGAUCCUGUAAAGCCGAGCUGUCAGGGGAAAGGUUAAUGCCAGAUGUAGCACAGUGGGGAGAGGGGUGAGAAAUGUCUCAGCAGUCUGAGUUGGGCUUCUAUUGUCUUGUUUCCCCAAUCUCUCAGGAUACUGGCAUGUGCAAGGUCUUGAAUACUAAAUACUGAAGCAUUAUUCCAAGUUUGCUUUUGCUCUCUCUGCUGGUCUGCACUGCUGGGGAAGGAGUGGCAGUUCAGUUCCUGGCAGUGCAGCUCUCGGGCACUGCUGGCUCAGUGRAGCAGUGGAACUGAGAGCCAUCUCCAGCUUAAACUGCUAAACCUUCACACCAGUACUGACACCUGUCACAUCAGAGCUGAUAUUUGCACUUAGCUUUUCUUGUCACACUCUGGCUUCUGGGGGACAAAAAUGGGAUUAAGCCAUUUCGUGCUAAUAAGUACUUGUUGUGAAGGUAAACUYAGACCACAUUUUUAUCUUCUCAGGACAACUUGACUGCUUGCACUGUGUUCARAUUGAGCACUUCCCUUAGAAUGAGGAUUUUGUAAAACUGAAUUCUUCACAAGGGUUAUCACCGUAUAAUGCACUUUUAAAAACAUGURUUUAUUAUUGUUGUAUGGUAAAAUGAAUGUCUAAUAGUCCACAGAUCCAAGGUUCUUUGAAGCAUGUUUUUUAAAGAAAUGUAUGAAAUUCAUGUAAAUGAAAAGGGGUUGUCUUUCCUGAUCAAAUGUCUUGUCCAGAAUAAAGUACAUUACAGUGUAUCAAUAAAGCACAUAUGCUGGACAAAAAGUCUAGCUGUUGUAAAAUUGCAAAGUGCUUAAAYAACUUUAAAAAGCAAUAAUAAAAUGAUGCCUGUUGUAAUACAGAAGAUUGAAAUAAAA